AUAACAACCGUAAACUCGGACAAAAUCUCUAUCUUCUAUUCUUCUUCCCUAUUUCUCUCUCAGUUUAGUUUGAAGAAAUAACUCACAAACACCCAUCUCUUAGUUGCUAAGUGUUCUUUCAGAAUCCCGUCAAAAUUCUCAUCAACUUAUCUUAAAAAAAACUUAUGGGGCAAAGUCUGAAUUCAAUGACCCACCACCAACUUCAUCAACAAAAAUCCAAAGACGAACUCCUCUUUCAAUGUGUCAGUACCGGCAACGUUGACGCCAUCAAAGCCCUUCAUCUCCAAGGCGCCAAUCUUGAGUGGAUUGACAGAGAAGGCAAGACCCCACUGAUUGUGGCAUGCAUGGACUCUGGCCUUAUCAAUGUUGCAAAGACUCUUAUUGAACUUGGUGCCAAUGUCAACGCUUACCGUCCUGGUCGUCAUGCUGGAAACCCUUUGCAUCAUGCAGCCAAAAGGGGAUUGGAACCAACUGUUAGGUUACUUCUCUUUCACCAAGCAAAUGCUCUUGUGAGGAAUGACGACUGUCAUACUCCACUCGAUGUUGCAAGAAUUAAGGGGCAUACAAUUGUCAUUCGUACAAUUGAGAGUCAUAUUUCCUAUUUCUCUGGCUGGCUGCGGGAGCUUUAUGGUCCAGGUUUUCUUGAAGCAUUAGCUCCUCAGUUGUUGUCGAGGAAAAUUUGGGCUGUUGUUAUACCUUGUGGUUCUGGUAAUCCCACGAAGCCUCAUAGAUUUGAGCUUGCCAUGUAUCCUACUUUGCAGGAUGGUCAGCCUUGUACAGUCAUCGCCCUUUGCAAUGCCAAAGUUGAUGAACCUAAAUUUCAUCAACGGGAUCCUGCACUCACUAUAUUUGACAAGUCUACUAGUAUUCGUUAUAAGCUUGCAUCUGCGGAUGAGGGUGACAAACAGCAGCUUCAGUGGUUAUAUAAUGCAUGCAGAGGAAUUCUCCAGUUUCAGGUUAAGCCCUCCACAGUGUCUCAUAGCCCUCUACCCUCUGUUCCAAUGAAUGCGCAUCAAACCACCACAGAAGCUAUACAACCAGCAAUUGCUAAUGGCCAGCAGAAGGCCGAAGCAAUUAAUGCAAAUGGUUGGGACAAUCCUACAAGUUCUGACACUCACAAUGGGUGGGACCUAGCUUCACAGUCAGGCGCUAGCUGUAGUGGAUGGACGGAUGAACCUGCUAAACAAGAAUACAAUGGGUGGGAUUUGCCUGAUUCUGGGUCAACUUGUAAACAAAGUCAAGCUGUCCAAACCCAUACUAACCCUGCCCCUUCCGUCCAAACAAGCGGCGGAAUUUCCGCAUCAGUUCCGUCAGCUCCACCAUUCCCUGAGGAUAUAUCAAAUGAAGGGCCAAUCCACUAUCCAUCAGUUGAAAGCAGUCCCGUGCACCUGUAUACUCCUACCAUAGAGGGCUGCGCUUCUGUAACAAGUAACUUAAAAAAUGAAGGCGUAUUGGUAACAGAUGACAUGAAAGAUGAAGGCACAUCUUCCUUAUGUGUAAUAUGUUGGGAAGCUCCAAUAGAAGGGGCAUGCAUACCCUGUGGUCAUAUGGCUGGUUGUAUGACAUGUUUAAAUGACAUAAAAGCCAAGAAGGGUGUUUGCCCUGUUUGCAGAACCAAGAUUAAUCAGAUUAUAAGAGUCUAUGCUGUCUAAUAAGGCAACUCAAAAAAAUGGAUCUGGAGUUUGUUUGUAAAGAUUGGAUUUAUUUGUUGAACUCUGAUACCGAAGCUUUUACUGAUCAAUUUAUAGGACUGUAAUUGAUUAAUUUGAAGUGUACAAAUACAAAUAGUCUGCUAUUAUGAAAAAUUCAUUCAGUUACGUAGGAGUAUUUUUGCUCCAU